UUUCUGCUAGAGAAAAUGGCCGCUACAGAUGCUGCCGAGAUUUCACACAGAGAGACAAAAAUUACUCUCACACUCGACUAAAUGAAACGGAUGGGACGCGAACGCUGCGAGGGAGUAUUAUAUAACGCAAAACCGAGUUAAUUUCGUCUCGAGCCGUCGCAGAAGUGCUGUUUAACAGUGUAAGCGCUAAUUUUAGCUCAAGCUAACAGUCAGGAGCGCCCGUGUGAUCGGGCUCGAGCAGAACCGGAGAGAGUCGGUCCAAUGGCGGACCCGAGAAAAGUCCCGUUCAUCACGCUCGCCUCGUUCAGCAGCACACCGGCGGCACCCGAGUCAAAGAAGCGCCGACGCGAGGACGAAGAGAAUGAACCGAGCCCCGCUGUCACCGGCGGCGGGGGGCUGUUCGGUACCGGGACACCGGCAUCGGACCCCAGCGAACCCAAACCCACCGUCCGCCUGAACCUGAGCCUGUCAGAACCGAGCGAGCAGAGAUCCGCCGAGUUCAAUUACAGCGAGCUGGUCCAGUCCAACCUGCAGGUGAGGAAGGUUCCUCAGGGUCUCACUCCAGCUCUGGACCCCAGCGACCCGUUUGCAGAUGAAGACAAAGAGCGGCAAGAAGUCGAGGCUCUCGCCAGGAAAUUUGAGGGCAAAUACGGAAGCACUGUUAAGAAGAAGCGACGAGACCGGGUGCAGGAUCUCAUCGAUAUCGGUUACGGUUACGAUGAUACCGAUCCGUUUAUCGACAACUCUGAGGCCUACGACGAGCUGGUUCCCGCGUCUCUGACCACUAAACUGGGCGGUUUCUACAUCAACACCGGCACGCUGCAGUUCAGGGCCGCGUCUGAAUCAGAGGGAGAGGACGGAGGAAAAGACACCAACCACUUCAAGAAAGAUGGAGAGGAGCGGGUGAUAAAGAGAAGGAAGAAGAAGCAGGACGGCGGCCUGGAGGAGAAGAAACCCAGGAAAUUCAAAGUACCCAAACCAGGUGUUUCGGCUCUGAACCGGCCGGAGAAGAAGAAGAGGAAGAAGCUGAUGAAGGACUCUCUGUCUCUGGCCGCUAUGAUCCGCCGCUUCAACUGCGAGAAAGAGGAGAUCCGUAAGAAGAACCCGGCGGCUGCAGUCAAACUCAUCCGCGCUCCUCCGAACACCGCUGCCGCCGCCGCCGUUGCCCCCAGCAACGACCUGUCCAUGGCCGACCUGACCUCUGACCCGGCGGUGAUGUCACUGCUGGGCGGAGCCACGGAGAACGACAUGCUGCAGGAGCUGAUGGGCGACCUGGACUUCGGCCUGCUGGACUCUCCUGGGCCGUCCAGUCCGGGGCAGAGCGAGAACGGCACCGCGGCAGCCCAGAAGGCAGGAGCCGCCGGUCGAGUGCAGAAGACGGGGCUGAUGCCGCCACCGCCGCCUCUUCCCAGCAGCCUUCCCGCUCCGCUGCUCAAACGUAUCGAGGACCUGCGCGUGGCGUCUCGUCAGUUCGAUAUGGAGGGCAGGAAGAAGUUUUUCACGCUGGACAUGAACAACAUCCUGCUGGACAUCGAGCUGCAGGUGCAGGAGCAGCCCGCGUCGGUGCGCGCCGCCGUCUACUCUCAUCUGGAGGCCUUCGUGCCGUGCAAUAAAGAGGCUCUGCUGAAGCGGCUGAAGAAGCUCAGUCUGAACAUCCAGGACGACCGGCUGCGCACGCCGCUGCACAAGCUCAAGCUGGCCGUGUGCAGCGUCAUGCCGGAGCAGAUCGCACGCUACAACAUGGACUGCAUGGCCAAAGUCGCCAAGCAGCAGACAGAGGAUGGCGACAGAAACGGCUCGGAGGACGACGAUGAUGAGAAGCCAGGAAAAAGAGUGAUGGGCCCCAGGAAGAAAUUUGUGUGGGACGACAAACUCAGGUCUCUGCUGUGUAAUCUGGUUCAGGUGAAGCUGGGCUGUUACGAGCUGGAGGGUCAGAGUUCACUCUCACCUGAAGAUUACCUGAAGGUCUUCAUGGAGGCGGAGGUCAAACCGCUCUGGCCCAAAGGAUGGAUGCAGGCCAGGAUGUUGUUUAAAGAGAGCCGUGUGGCUCACAGUCACCUCACAGGAAAUGCAGUAAAGAAAAGGAUGUUACCGGCUCCGAAGGCCAAGCCCAAGCCUCAGGACAGCAGUGCGCUCCAGCGACUGUCCAUCUCUGUGGACUCCGCACCUUCUCCAGCCGUCCAGCGUCCAGUCAUCUCAGUAGACACCGCUGCUCCUGCUACUGUGCCGCGAGCGCUGUCCCCACCGGAGCCCAUCUGCCUGUCGGACUCUUUGGACGAGGACCUGGCGGCCCCGUCGCUGGACUCCAUCUCUCACGCUUUGGCCAUGCUGGGCAGCGUCGCCAAAGACCUGGCCCAGUCCAACAGCCCGCCAUCCGCCGAGCUGCCCAAACCGCCCCAGUCACUGCUCACGAAUCCACACCUGUCCAAAAAGAGCGGGAGCACCCCGUCUCCGCCUGCUCCUGCUCCCAGCGUCCUCUCCUCGAUGCCCGCGUCUUCAGUCGUUAAAAGUGUGAGCGUCCUGCCGCUGGUUCAGAGACACUCAGUUAUUCCCGCUCAGCGACCAUCCGUGACUCCGCCCACCAAGAUGGGCGUGUCUCAGGUGAAGCCCCGCCCUCCUCCGACAGCGUCGCCUCUUCACGCCCCUCAGAAGAUUCUGGCGGGAAAAACGGUAGUCGCCAUGCCAACAGGCCUCAUCAAAACCAGCAAUAACAGCUCGGCACGCACGCUUCCCGCCGCUUCCUCGCCGUCGCUUUUAAAAGUCAAAUCCGUGCAGCCUUUCCACGUGACGCCGCAAGCCAAAAACCACGCGUCGCCCAAACCCGGCUUCAUCACACCCAUGCAGGCCACCCUCACCAAGUCGCCUCACAACCCCAGCUCGCCCAUCAUCAAGCUCACGCCCACUGCCUCGCCCGUCAUCACCAGAACGCCCACGUUACCCAGCAUGCACCAGCACGCCUCCAAGAGCUUCCACAUGGGGUUCAUUGCCGGCGGUUACAGCGCCCCCGUGGGGCAGAAGAGUUCAUCUCAGGGCAACAGCAUCUCUGGACUCACCAUGACAACCGCGCCUGUCACCAAGCAACCGGCCACCAGCGCGUCACCGGUGGCGGGGACGGUCAAUCACAGUCAGCGACACAGACAAGUGGGUGGAGCUAAUCAGGGAGUGAAGACAAUCACAUCUGUGUCCACGGCCACAGCGUCUCCACUCUCACAGGUGUCGUCCUCCAGCGCUCUGCUGGGCUCGGCCGGUCCGUCUCUGCCGCUGGGCUUCGGGAUGCUGGGAGGUAUGGUUCCCGUCUCUCUCCCGUUCCAGUUUCCAAACCUGCUGAAUCUUCCUUCCUCUGUGGUUUCCACAGCGAGCACCGGCGCCUCGACCAAUCCCAGCAGCUCAGGGUUCAACCUUCCCCAGAAUGUGUUAAAGGGUCUCAUGUCAGGGGCUCAGGCCGCUCUGCCUCCACACUUACAGCUGGCUUUCUCAGAUGUCAAUCAAACGCAGGGCGGAGACUUGAAGAGGAAGAACCUAUGACAUCGCAGAACUCUGAUCUGGACCGACUCCGCCCACUUUUAUGCAUGAUGUGCUGGCCGUCCAAUGAGACGGAGCUGUUUUUAUACGCAUUUGAAUAUUGAUGCUGAUGAGUAAUGUUAUUUGUUUGAAUGAUGAUCCGUGGGUUGUACAUAUGUAUCAAUGUUUACACAGACAGACCUGAUCACUGUGACGGGGAGAGAAACACUUUUAAUUGUAUGUGUGUGUGUGUGUUUGCAUGUCGAUUUGCGCGCAGCUUCUGUAAAUGAGGAUUUUUUUCAUGUGUGGAGCGUAUGAAUAUUGAUGAGUGAAGGUGUUCCUCCCUCUCUGGUGUGGGUCUGUGUCUCUGGUGCUGUUUACCAACGAAACGCCCUUUAAAUUGUUCAAACCAAAUGACGAAGGGUGGGACGGCGGCCAUUGUAAUAUACUUGAACUUUCAGGAUUCGUUUACUUAAGUUUCAGGACACAAGCAAAAUAAAAAUGCAGAAGCCUUAGUGAAAA